AUGUCGGCAGGCUCCUCGUCAAGAGGCGCUACUGCCGCCAACACACGCGCCGCCUACCGUCUACCCACGCUUUCCCCGGAGUCCAACAAGAAUGUGCUCUCGCUACUGCGUCUCAUCAUCAUCUUCCUCAUCGCAGGAGCAGCCGUCUCAUCACGUCUCUUUGCAGUAGUCCGGCACGAGAGUAUCAUUCACGAGUUUGACCCUUGGUUCAACUUCCGCGCCACCAAGGUGUUGACCACCGAUGGUUUCUACCGAUUUUGGAACUGGUUCGAUGCGACAGCAUGGUACCCGCUAGGACGAGCCGCUGGCGGCACCGCCUAUCCCGGUCUCAUGGUCACAUCAGGUGCCAUUCACAACCUCUUCCACUCGCUCAACAUUCCCGUCGACAUUCGCAACAUUUGUGUCCUUCUCGCUCCUGCCUUCUCAGGAUUGACAGCUUGGGCCACUUACAUGUUUACCGCAGCGAUGAAGGAUGGUGCAGCUGGCCUACUUGCAGCUGCUUUCAUCGGUAUUGCUCCAGGAUACAUCUCGAGGUCUGUCGCUGGAUCGUACGACAACGAAGCCAUCGCCAUCUUCUUGCUCAUGAUGACUUUCUACCUGUGGAUCAAGGCGCUCAAAGACGGCUCGGCGCUCUGGGGUGUCGCUACUGCGCUCUUCUACUUCUACAUGGUCGCAGCAUGGGGUGGAUAUGUUUUUAUCACCAACAUGAUCCCCCUUCAUGCCCUCGUCCUGCUCCUGAUGGGCCGGUUCAGCUCGCGCCUCUACGUCUCCUACUCGAGCUUCUACGCACUCGGCACUCUCGCAUCCAUGCAGGUGCCAUUUGUCGGCUUCCAGCCCGUGCGCACCAGCGAGCACAUGGCUGCCCUCGGCGUCUUUGGUCUGCUACAGCUCGUCGCAUUCGUCGAGCUCGUCCGAUCGCACGUGCCCAGCAAGCAAUUCAAGCUUUUGCUCGUCGGAUUCGUCAUCCUCGUCGCUGCUCUCGCCUUCGGUGCCCUCGUCGCACUGACCUACGCAGGAUACGUUGCACCUUUCACCGGUCGCUUCUACUCGCUCUGGGACACCGCCUACGCCAAGAAGCACAUCCCCAUCAUCGCCUCGGUCUCGGAACACCAGCCUCCCGCCUGGCCGGCGUUCUUCUUCGACCUCGAGAUGCUCAUCUUCCUCUUCCCGGUCGGCGUCUUCUUGCUCUUCAAGGAGCUGAGGGACGAGCAUGUCUUUGUCAUCAUCUACGCGGUCAUGGCGAGCUAUUUUGCUGGUGUCAUGGUGCGUCUGAUGUUGACGCUGACGCCGGUGGUGUGCGUCAGUGCGGCCAUCGCGAUGAGCACGCUGCUGCAGACGUACCUCGACCCCAAGGAGCCGACCCCCGCCAACGAGAACGGUGCUGCUGACCCCGACAAGGAAGCCGUCGCCCGAUCGACCCGCUCUGCUGCUCGUAAGGCCGCCGAGGCCACGCCCGAACCAUCAUCUUCGUCUGACGCAGAGAUCGUUCGACCCGCAUCGCCCGUCUUUGGCGCCGCAACCUUCAGCAGCUCCAAAUUCGGCAUCUUUGGUCUCGACUCUCGCUUCUUUGUCACCAUCUACUCUUUGCUGCUGCUGCUCGUCUUUGUGCUGCACUGCACGUUCGUCACCUCCACGGCCUACUCUUCGCCCUCGGUCGUUCUCGCUUCGCGCAACGCGGACGGGUCGCAGCACAUCAUCGACGAUUUCCGCGAAGCCUACUACUGGUUGCGUCAAAACACGGCCUCGGACGCCAAGGUCAUGUCGUGGUGGGAUUACGGCUACCAGAUUUCCGGUAUGGCCGAUCGUCCCACGCUGGUCGACAACAACACGUGGAACAACACGCACAUUGCCACGGUGGGCAAAGCCAUGUGUUCGAACGAAGAAAAGUCCUACCCGAUCCUGCGCAAGCACGAUGUGGACUAUGUGCUGAUCAUCUUUGGUGGUCUACUCGGCUUCAGUGGGGAUGACAUCAACAAGUACCUGUGGAUGAUCCGCAUUGCGCAGGGGGUGUGGCCGGACGAAGUGCGCGAGGCGGACUACUUCACCCCGCGUGGGGAGUACAAGGUGGACGAUGGUGCGACUAAGACGAUGCGCGAGAGUCUGUUGUACAAGAUGAGCUACUAUCGGUUCAACGAUCUGUUUGGUGGUCGACCAGGGACGGAUCGGGUGCGACAGACGAAUGGGCCCAGCAAGAGUCCCGAGUUGGAGUACCUCGAUGAGGCGUUUACGAGCGAGAACUGGAUCGUGCGCAUCUACGAGGUGAAGAAGCCCGAUGCGCUGGGUAGGGAUUUGCCCGGAGUCAAAGGGUUUGAGGGCGGAAAGAGGAGGAAGAGGGCUUUCGCACUGCCUGUUGGCGCUGCGGGGAAGAAGUAA